CAAACCAUGAGGCGGUUUCUAGUCGUACUUGCUUCUCUGCUGAGUAUACCCCAAAUGCAAGGGUCUGAAGCAGAAACCAAGUAUGCGAAGCUGGGAACAGACAUUCAUUUGGCCAUCAAGACACCUUUCACGUUAAUAAAUAAGGACCAACUCUACUGGAAGUUCAACAAAACGGUCUACAUUUUAAAAACGCAGAAAAACAAAAAAGAUAUAGAAAUAUAUGAUGACUACAAGGAAAGAGUUGUGUUAUAUUUAAACAACUCCUUGUUAUUAAGAAAUGUACAAAUGAAUGACAGUGGGCCUUAUACAGCAGUGCAUUCGAGCAAAUCAGACAAGACUGUGAGUGAAUACAACCUUCUCGUUCAAGGUAUGCCAUUGACAUAUUGACCUAUAUUGACUAUAUUACACUCUACCCCUUUCAAUCACUUAGCUUAUAGGCUUAUAGACACCCCCACCCCCAUUCUCCUCUUUCACUGGCCAAUAGGCCCCCACAUGGUGUAAACCGGAAAUACAUCUCGCUGACGAUAGCACCAGCAUAUUAGUAACUAGCUUAGAUGUUCAAUGUAUUUCUAGUUGUUGUUUGUGUAUGUGUUUCUUUUCCUUCUUCUCUUGUAUUUCUUUUCUUCUGUCCCCCCAUAAUCCCUUCCUGUUCGCUGCUUUGUCAUAAUAAAAAUGUAUUUUGAAUGAUCACAAUGGGAGUAUGUCAGACUCUCAAUGUGAAACAUUAAAACUGUUCAGAAUCCGGGCACUUUGACUUCCAUUCUCUGUGUCAAACAGCUGAACAGGACAGGUUUAAAAAAAAAAAAAAAAAAAAAAAAAAAGAAAAACAAAAAAGAUAUAGAAAUAUAUGAUGACUACAAGGAAAGAGUUGUGUUAUAUUUAAACAACUCCUUGUUAUUAAGAAAUGUACAAAUGCAUGACAGUGGGUCUUAUACAGCAGUGCAUUCGAGCAGAUCAGACAAGACUGUGAGUGAAUACAACCUUCUCAUUCAAGCCCCAGUAUUGCCCGUCAAGAUGAAGGUGGCAUCGGUGUGGCUUGACUCAGUUUCCUGUAACGUGACAGUAACGUGCAGUGCUGACAAAACACACCUAAAUGCCACUUUUGAAUGCCACAAUGAUGUCUGCAAAAAAGGUGAAGGGGAACUACCCAAUGACCCAGAACAUUUGAGGGCCUUCGUCUCCAAUACCUCUAUCGUGUGCCAACACAGAAACGAGGUUAGCGAGAGGCAGGAGGAAAUGGAAGUUCAACAAGUUUGUAGUCAAACUGACGCAUCAAAUGGAAUGUCAACAGCCACAUGGAUCAGGAUAUCAGUAACUUUGGUCUUGGCUUUGCUUGGAUUUGGUUUAAUGGUCUGGUGGAUUAUUUUAAAAAGAAGAUGUACCACCAAGCAAACAGAAAUUGAGGAUUAUCAGAUGAACGAUGUCCAAAAUGUUGAUGAUAUAUAUGACGAAGCCAUCUCUUUGCCUAACUCCAUCUAGUCCUUGGUGACUCAUCACACAGGACCAAGGCAGACAAGCCACGCUUUAGUUCCUAAACCUCCACUGGAAGUGACCACCAUGGAAGAAUCGGAACAAAGCAGAAACCCAUUGUUAGCACUGUAACAAUGUAACGACCGCGCUCUGUGCUCUCAAUGCACCGUAAUGAUCAUUUUGUAUUUUUUUCCUAAACGUAUCAUCUAUUAUAGCUUAGUAACAUCAGCAGAAAUGUCUCUAAUGCGCUUCAAACACAACUUAACAAUUUACCUAUUGUCUUUUAUUUAGUAGUAUGUUUGAGUGGUGUUUAAUUUUACUGUCUUGUGUUUUAUGGUACCACAGAGUAGCUUUCCAAUGUCGUUGUUUGAUCAGCUUGCAAUGACAAUAAAGGAAUUGAAUUGAACAUCAUCAAAGAAAGCGGGAUAACUUCAAGAACAAAACUCAAAGAUGCAAAAACUCAAGCAAUGCUGGUUUUGCAGUGCAAUGCAUUGAAUUGCACUGUUCCGAUACCAUUAUUUUAGCACCUGAUACCGAUUCCGUUACAAAAAAAAAAAAAAAACAAUACUUUUCUGGCUGCUGUCAUCGUCCUCAUCUUUAAGAAAAACUCCUGGUUGCUUUGCCUCACCUGAAUCUCUGACCAACUAGGACUAUCAUCUGACAGCACUAUGUUUACAACAAAAAAAGCUGGUGGUAUAAAUGCACUGAAUUACUGAACCAAAAUGUUCACUUCUACUCUGUGUUGUUACCAACUGGUAACCAAAUGGCAUUGCGUUUUGGUACCCAACACUACAUGCCAGCACAAGUCAUUUUCUUUGUCUGCUUGUGGUUUAUGGCGGUUAGAUACAAAAUCUCCAAAUGAUUACAUACUGUGUGGCAUCGGUGAAUUAUUUGUUAGUACUCACUGACACUGAUGCCAGCAUUUUGGUGUCAUAUUGGGGCUCCUUCCAAUACUAGUAUUGGUACAACACUGAUAGUGAGUGAUCUCUACAUUGGAGAAACCGACAAACCCUUAAAAAACGGCUAGUCCUGUCAUGUCCGGAGUUAUCAGUUCAUUUGCAACACAAAAGAAAUACCUUGAGGACAUUGUUAUUGUCACACCUGGGUGAGGGUUGUCACGUCUUGGUAUAUUCUCUUCCUGCUUUAUUUUGAAGCCUCACCCUCCUGUUUCCACCACUCAACCUUCCUGCUGUCUCACCUGUCUCUGAUUAUGAUUACCAAUUGUUCCCACCUGUGUCCUAUUCAUCAUGUGCUUAAAUUGUUUGUCACUCCCUAGUCUCGUGCCAAAGUGUCUUCGUCCUUCGUCUUCACUACAGCCCAGAUUCAUAGUCAAAGACAUUCUACGUUGUGAGUUUAUUCAUAGUAUUCUACAGUUUGUUUUUUAUGCUUAAUGCAAAGUCCUUUGUUAUAGUAUUCUACUCCAGUGCGUUUUUUGCCUGGCUCUCUUGUUUCCCGUUUGUACCAUUUAAUUUCAUAGCCUGUUAUUUCCUCCUUCUGGAGCGCCCUCAGUUUGUUACUGCUUCUGAUUAUUUGUGUUCAUUAAAAGACUGAAUUCUGCACUUGAGUCCACUCCAUUCCGUCCAAGUGUGACAGUUAUUGAUUUAUGCUGUCACUUAAGCCCCUUUCACACAUACCUAAACACCGUUAAAAUCCUGGGAUUUAAUAGGGUAGCGCUUAUGUGGAGGGUUGCCACCUUUCAGAAAUGAGCAGUACGGAACACCCCCCUCGCGCCCAAAAUUGUACAGGGAGAGAAAAAAAGGGACAUCCCCAAAACUCCUAAAAUGCAUAGAAAUGUAUCUAUUCAUUUAUACUCCGUAUUAGUUCAAUACGGAACGCAACAUUUAAUUCCCGAUUUCUGAUCGUUCAUUAUUUUAAGGGACAGGUGGCAACCCUACUUAUGUCUGAAAGCAAUUUCCCGGGUCGACUAACAAUGAGAUGACGCGGAUAUUUGCUGAGUCGCAUCUUAGUAUAAUGACCGGGACUUUCCCAGGAAGCGAUAUGUGUGAAAGCAGACGUUAAAUUCCUGGGUCACAGCGCGAUGACGUAUAUAACAUGGCGGGCCGAUCGUCAUUUCGUCUUGCUUUGCAGUAAGGCGAAAAGCGGUAAACAAACAUCGCAAUUAUCAACAUGGCAAACUGGAAAUAGCAUAAUUAAACUGAAAACAUAACGGAAUUAAAUUGGUAUUGGAUCGUAGAGCCGAGGAAGAGUUCAUCGUCCAUCUUUGGAAAUGUGUGGUUUAUUCUGUUGCCGAUGCUGACCAAAAAUGACCUAAUAUCCGGGUUAUAAAAUCGCGCCAGCCGGCGUCUCCGCACAGAGUGCGCCGAGUCGGCAACACAGAACAAGUGUCCAACCCACGUUAACCCUGGGAUAUCUCUCCAUGUGUGAAAGCACUGACGCGGGAUUUAGCCUCACUUUGGAAUUUCAAAUUUCAUAUAAAGAAACUAUUUCGAGUUAAUGUGAAAUGUGGGAACAACCCAAAAGAGUCCAGUUGCCUUGGCAUAGGUUUUACAAGCUUCAUCUAUUUGAAAUUGGUACAAAUGCGGAGUUCUUUUGCUUGAAUGUGUUGCAAUUGGUUUGUUUGCGGUUUCUGGAAGAAAAGAUUGUGGACAAGUGAUGUUUUCCUUCAUUCUAAAGAGCGGGCGCUUUGAUGAUGUGGAUGAUGCGUAAGGUAGCUUUUGACACAGGGCAUCAUUGUGAUGUAAUGGCUCGAAUCAAUUCCGCAACCCCCACAGAGCCCAUUGCUGCUUUUCAAUUCCGCUGCGAAUCGGCAUGACUACAAAGUGUUACGAAAUGGUCAAAAUUCAAAAUGAAUUGUGUGGAUGGUAGACUUGCAGGCAAGAGUGUAGUAUGUGUGUACGACGAGCUGAGACAGACCCGAGGACUCAGCGACGCACUUAUCACAGUUGACCAUGUGGAGUUUCACGUCCACAAGAUCAUCAUGUGCAACAGCAGCCCAUACUUUGGAGCCCUCUUUCUACGUUGGUCCACCCCAGACCAGAAGGUCUAUGCCAUACAAGGUCUAACAGCUCACUUGAUGCAGCUCUUCAUUGAUUUUGCCUACACUGGCUGUGUGUUGGUGACAGAGGACAAUGUCAAGGACUUGUUGAUAGCCGCUGAUAAGUUUAACGUCUCAGGCAUCGUCGAAAUCUGCUGCGUGUUUUUAACAGAGCAGCUCUGCCCAGAGAACUGCAUCGGUAUCUGGCAAUUCACGAGGAACUGUCACACCCCACAGCUGCAGAGCAAUGCCUACCAAUAUAUUUUAUAUCACUUUGAGGAGGUUGCCACCUCGGACGAGUUGCGACAACUCUCCAUGCAGGACUUCGGUGAAAUUCUCGACAGGGACGACUUGAUUGUGAAAAAGGAAAACAUUGUUUACGAGGCCAUUCUGCACUGGAUUUCACACGAGCCCUGGGAGCGAGGCAGAAACAUGCCAAUCCUCUUGGCUAAGGUCCGUCUCGCACUGACCAGUCAGGAGUACAUCACCAUCAACGUGCUGACCAACCAGCUGGUACAGAACAGUCGCGAAUGCCUGGAAAUGGUUACAUUUGCGUCACGCGUGAUAAACCAUAUGGCUGUAAACUCCGUGUCUGCAUACUGCAACCUGGUAGCACGCCCCCGCCUGCCUUCUGCCAUCCUCCUGGCCAUUGGCGGCUGGAGCGGCCCAAGUGCCACCGAGUGCAUUGAGGUGUAUGACGUCCACGCCAACUGUUGGGACUAUCUAUUCGAAAAUAUGGACCAACCUCGAGCGUACUGCGGCGCCGCCUUUCUCAAUGACGCCAUCUACUGUCUGGGUGGCUUUGAUGGUACAGAACACUACAACACUGUCAGCCGCUUCGACUUAAAAACGCGCGCUUGGCAGGAAGUUGCACCCAUGCACUCCCGACGGUGCUAUGUUAGCGUCACGGUCCUAAAUGGCUGCAUCUUUGCGUUGGGGGGCUAUGAUGGACACGUAAGACUAAAGACUGCAGAGUACUACAGGCCGGAGACCAACCAGUGGACUCUUGUCACCAGCAUGCACGAACAGAGGAGUGAUGCCAGCUGCACCACUCUCAAUGAUAAGAUUUACAUUUGCGGCGGUUUCAACGGAAAUGAGCCUUUGCAAACAGCAGAAUAUUACAGCCCAGAGACCAACGAGUGGACAGUGAUGGCGCCGAUGAGCAGCCGUCGCAGUGGUGUCGGAGUGAUUGGCUUUGCUGAUCACAUUUAUGCAGUUGGAGGUUACGAUGGUGAAGUCCGACUGACCACCGCAGAGGCCUACAACCCCCGGACUAACAACUGGAUCGAGUUGCCUCCCAUGCAGUGCCCUCGAAGCAACUUUGGCAUCGAAGUAGUGGAGGAUUGUCUCAUUGUCGCCGGAGGUUACAACGGCGUCUCCACCACCAGUCACGUGGAGUACUAUGACCUAACGACCGGUCUAUGGUCCCCUGCCAGCGAUAUGCGGAUUUCCCGUAGCGGCCUGACUUGUUGCGUGAUGACUGGACUCUGCAACAUGACCCAAUGUGCUAUCGUUCGAAACGAUCUACCAUUCCUCUUCCUAGAAGACGAUAUGACAGAAAUAGACGAUGAUGUCUAAAUGUAAAAUGUCAAUUACGCUGGGAACUGAAAUAAAUGCAAAACAGCCUUAUGACCAAGAGGGAAAAAUGAGCAGGAAACAAGGCAUGAAUAAGACAUUAGUAAAAAGUAUGAUAAAUCAUAUUUUGUUAUUUUGUGAUUUUUUUUUUUUUUUUUUUUACAUGAACAACUGAGACAAAUUCACAAAUAUUGCAUCUAUGGUCAAUAACAUUUCUUAUUUGGAGAUCCUUUUUUUAUUGCUUGCUUCUGUGAUAUGGAAUGGAUACAAUAAUU